AUGGCCUCUACAGCAGCACUAGCCCCUCCGCAGGUAACCGGUGCAGACGAUCUCGGACCCGUUCGUUUGCCGGUGGAUAGAGAAACGUAUCAGUUCAACGACUGGACCAUCGCCUAUACCAAAUCGCACAUCCUCAAAAGUAUCUGCAUCAACGGGGACAGUUGUGUGGCCGGCGAGGCUGACUGUUGUGAGCUGUGCGUGUACAACUUUACCCUCGCAUUACCACAUCUGCCCGACAUGGUGUUUCACAGGAAUGUGCUACGCAUAAGCCAUUCGUCCGGAGCACAACUCGAGUUCAAUCCGCUCGAUGCAUUGAAAUUAGUGCGCAACGAAAAGCUCGACCUGAAGGUGGCGUGCUCCGAUGAGUGGCGCGAAAGUCGCCCCGAAGCGGCACAAUCCGCGGACAAAGUGAAACCCUUCGAUUGGACGUUUACGACCGAGUAUUCGGGCACGGUAAAUGAUCGUUUCCGGGUAGAACCGACAGAGCAACGUAUCGAUAUGUUUAAGCUGAUGCGUAAGGAAGAGAUCCUGUUUUAUCACAACCUGACCCUGUUCGAAGAUGAACUGCACGAUCACGGCAUAUCGUUGCUUUCGGUGAAGGUGCGCGUCAUGCCGUCCGGGUUUUACAUUUUGUUGCGCUACUUUCUGCGUGUCGAUAACGUACUGCUGCGCAGCAACGACACCCGGUUCCACUAUGAAAAGGGCAACGAUUACAUUCUGAAGGAGUUUACGCACCGCGAAGCAAAGGUGGAACAGCUGAAACACAUUCCACAUGUGCUUUUCACCAAUCCGGAUCAUAUCGUGGAUAAGCUACCUGUGUUGCGAAAAGUGAACGAAAAGCUAACGAUCAUAAACGAGGAAUAG